AUGGAGGAAACUGUAUCUUACCAUUUUGCCAGUGUUCGACAAAGAAGAGAAAAUAGACACGAGAUUGAAUAUCAAUUGACCAUUCGACAACAACCCAAGCAAUCACGCAUGUGUGGAGUAGGAGAAAAAGGCAAAACAACCCUUGAUAAUAAUACAAUCUCUAUAGCUGAUAGACGACCUAUUGACCCACCACCGAUAGUACAAUUCAGAGUGAUCGAUCCUAGUUUACCAUCCAACGAUAAAACUUAUUUACAAAAUCCAUACUAUUUUAUGUAUGCAUCUUUAAUGGCAGCUGACUUGGAUGAAGAAUUACAUUUAUUAAGGGAUGGAAAGACAAGGAGCACAACAGGGUCUGUCGUAUCAUCACUCUAUCAUCUCAAGGACAUUGAUAAUACGGAUGCUGGAUUUUUCGUGUUUCCCGAUUUGUCAGUUCGAAUGGAAGGAUGUUAUAGAUUGAAGUUAAGCCUGUUUGAGAUUGUUGGUAAAGAAGUGUUUCACUGUAAAUCGAUAUUGUCGGAUCAAUUCUUUGUUUAUUCAGCUAAAAAAUUCCCUGGGAUGGAAGAAUCUACAUUCUUGUCAAGAUCAUUCGCAGAUCAAGGCUUAAAGAUUCGUAUAAGAAAAGAACUAAGGCAAAGGAGAAAAUUACCAGAGAGUGGCAGUAAUACAACAAGUGAAGAAAAGCGACCAAGAGUAGCAGAGUCUUCGUGUGUAGAUAGAUCAAGAAUUAUACAAGAUGGCCGUUUAUAUUAUUCUAAUUCUAAUACUACGACUAAUACUACGACUACCCCCAAUUCUACUACUUCUGAAAGAUAUGAUUCUCCAUCGAGCUCACAUCUAUACAGCAUGCAAUUUAAUCCUACACAUCAACCUAUUCUCUAUCCACAACCACCAUCUCCGCCAUUGCAUCAACCACAACAAAAUCACCAAACAGAACAACAACAACAGCAAUCAGUAGAACAACCCCAUCAUCACCAACAGAUGCCAUAUAUCAACUUUCUUCCACCCCCUGCUUCUCAUUUACAACCAAAAUAA